AUGUCUAACUUCAAAAAUUUUACUUUAAAUUCGUUUGAAGACUAUUACGGAAAGACUCCUGAACCGUCAAGAAUGGAGGAGGAAAAAUUGGAAGCGACUAACCUGAAUGUGUCUUCUCUAAAAAAGGUACACAAAGGUAAAAAGAAUACCUCAAAAUAUGACCAGAAGAAUAUAUUUAGAAACUCGAUGACGGGGGUAGUGCAAGCGGCACCGUUAAAACCAAUAAAGAUCAUAGAGCAAAAUAUUGAAUUUGCUAAUCCGAAAAGUUUUGACCUUCUUCAGUCGACGCAUACUAUCUGCUUUAGCAAGAAAAAUGGUACUGCUGACACAAAGCUUAAUAUGGAGGCCCAGACCUCCAGCGACAUUGAUAAUGAUUUGCUUCAUGUAGGAGCACCAACAGACUUGGGAGGCAAUAGUAAUGAUGAGGCGGAAACAAGACAGCUGAGGAAAUUCCGAUGGUCGAAUAAUAAAGACAAGUGUUUUUGUGAAAAGUUGACAGUCAUAUAUUGGGCUCUCUUACUCAACACAACAAAGCGGGCAAGUAAGAGAAGACCAAUAUUGUGUCAUCAGGUCAUAGCUGAAUUUUUCAAUAGAGUUUAUAAGGAAAAGUCAAGGGUUCCUAUAACUUCGAGAUACAUCAGAGAUAACCUUGUCACUUGGAUGGCUCAGGGCAAAGAAUUACACGAAAAGGGCUGGAUAAAUAGCGCUAAAACUGGCGAUUUACAAGAGCAAUUCAACUUUGCCACUGUCAAGUUAUAUGAAAGUGCAGAAGACGGACGUUUUAUCGCAAGCAAGGACAAAACUUCUACAGAGGAAAACGCAGUAAACGAUAGCGCGGUUCAACCAGAAGAAGAGUCUGCUGAUACGACUGAUGAAGUUGGCCCAGUCACGACUGGGAAGAGUAUGAAGGAAGAUCGAAGAGAGUUGAUUAGGAAUCAAAUUUUGGCUCUGGACUUAAAUGAUGAGGAUUUUUUCCAAAACGUUAUGAAAACUUUAUCUUCUAUUGAUGAACCAGAAUUGAGACAGUAUGUAACAAUAGUCCUAGAACUAGUCAAUAUGGAAAUAGACGAUGGUAAAACAGUACGAGAGAAACUUCGAGAUGUUGAAAUGAGUAUUAAUAGGCUUCAGGUUGAUAUAACAGAAAUAAAGGAAAUGCUUACUGCGCUAGCAAAUAGAUGA